AUGAUUGGCUCCCUCCUGCGUACCCCUAAACUCAUGGCGCUCCCCGCGCGAGGCCCCGCACACGUGCGUCGUCUCAACCUGCACGAGUUCCAGUCGCUGGAGAUCAUGAAGGGCUUUGGUGUCGCCACGCCGCAGGGCAUCCCCGCCGACACUCCGGCUGAGGCCAAAGCCGCGUUUACCGCGAUCCGUGGCGACCGUGACGGUGUGGACGUGGUGAUCAAGGCACAGGCUCUCACCGGCGGCCGUGGCCUCGGUACGUUCAAGAACGGCUUCAAAGGCGGUGUGCACAUGUGCACCAAGCCUGAACAAGCCGAGGACCUUGCCAAGAAGAUGCUGGGCGAGACGCUCGUGACGAAACAGACGGGCGAAAAAGGCAUUGAGGUGGCCAAGGUUUUCCUCAUGGAGCGCGUGUGGAUGCGUCGGGAAAUGUACUUUUCCAUCCUCAUGGACCGCGCGGCGCAGGGGCCAGUGAUGGUCGCGUCGCCUGCGGGUGGGACUUCUAUUGAAGACGUAACCGAAGCCACGCCGGAGUUGAUUUUCAAGGAGAACAUUGAUAUCUCCACGGGUCCUACGGACGCUCAGGUAUCGCGUCUGGCCAAGGCGUUGGGAGGGGAAGGCGACGUCCUGAAGAAGCUCGAGACGCAGAUUCGAAACCUGUACAACAUGUUUAUUGGCGUGGACGCUACGCUAGUGGAGAUCAACCCGCUGGCCGAAACCCGCGAAGGCGAGAUCUUUGCGUGCGAUGCCAAGCUCAACUAUGAUGACAAUGCUGCUUUCCGCCACUCGGAGAUUUUUGCCAAGCAUGACAAGACACAGGAAGAUGCGCGUGAGGUGGAGGCUAGUGCCUACGACCUCAACUACAUCGGCCUGGACGGAAACAUUGGGUGCCUCGUGAACGGCGCAGGUUUGGCCAUGGCUACGAUGGACAUCAUCUCGCUGUAUGGCGGUUCGCCUGCCAACUUCCUCGAUGUGGGUGGAGGUGCCUCGGAGGAGCAGGUGAAAAAGGCGUUUGAGAUCCUGGACAGCGACGACCAGGUCAAGUCGAUCCUGGUGAACAUUUUUGGUGGCAUCAUGCGCUGCGACGUGAUCGCUGCCGGGAUUGUGGCUGCUAUCAAGGAUCUGGGGCUGAAGAAGCCGGUCAUUAUCCGUCUGCAAGGAACCAACGUGGAACCUGCGCGCAAGAUCAUUGCUGAUUCGGGCAUCAAGAUGAUUGUGGCUGACGACCUGGAGGAUGCGGCCGAGAAGGCUGUCAAGAUCGCCGACAUUGUCGGACAGGCGGAGAAGGUCAAGAUUGGCGUGGAGUUUGCGGCGUAG